AUGAUCGCGCUCAUCUCGCGCCGCCGCUCUCAGCGGCGAGCCGGCGGCGGAGCGGGAGAGCAAGGCGCGGGGGUGGUAGAGGCGGCGAUUUGGCGGGGCAGAGGCGCGGGGCCCUUGAGACGGAUUGGUGGGCGCGAGGUCACGGCAGUCAGGGCACGCCGAGUCCGCUGGCCUGUGUCGCAUGGUCGUGGCUCCGUCACUCUAUGCGAGGACGCCCUCCCUGCUCCCCGCGAACUCCGCUCACUCAGCCCCCCCUCUGCCCACGCCCUCCUCUUCCCCCUUUCCGCCCCUCGCUUCUCGCGUGAGAAACUCGCCCUCUCGUCGACGCGCUUCGACCUGCCGCAGCGACGGCCUCGCUGCUCCACACCGCGCGUCUCCCAGUUCCGCCCCGUCGCACCCCACCCUCGUUUCGCACGCGCCACUAACGCGCACGCGUUCGCCACCGUCACUUCCCCCUUCCCGUUCCGCCCACCAGCACGGGCGUCCAGGCAAGCAAGGCUGCGCUGCAGCGCGCACACGCCCCCUGCGCGCAUGCGGGAGAAUGCCUCCGCGCGCACGCGUGGCAGGCAAUUCAGCGGGCAAGACGCAGGCAUCUGCAAGAUCGUGCCGCCCGUGCUGCCCACGGUGCCCGCGGGGCACGUGCUGCAGCGCGGGCAGAAGCGCCCCUUCCGCUUCACCACGCGCGAGCAGCCCGUGCGCGUGGCGACGUGUGCGCAUGGCGACCCCCCCGCCUUCCGCAUGAGCGGCAGCCCACGCCCUCUUGACCUCUCGCUCUGCCACAAUCCUCUCCCUUCUCUCGCGUUCCUCCUGUCCGCGUCUCAUCACCCCCAUUACCUCCCCACCCUUGCUUCUCUUGCCCUCAUCCUCCCCACUCGCCCGCCCAUCACCGCUCCUCGUUCCAACAGAACCUACUCUCUCCCCGAAUUUGAGCGCAAGGCCGAUCGCUUCCUGGCCACACGAUUCGCCACAUCAGCAGCGCUGCCAGCUGGCAUGGUGGAGCAGCUGUACUGGCAGGAGAUGGAGGGCGGCGCCAGGGAGGCAGGGGGGCACACAGAUAGGAGCAAGGGCGGAGGGCGGGGGGCGGAGGGGGGAGGUGGGGGCGCAGGGGCGCGGGGGGGGCGGGGGGUGGCGCAUGUGGAGUAUGGCAGUGAUGUGGACGGGUCGGGGUUCUCCUCCCACCCGCGUGACCCGCUCGCCUCGUCCAGCUGGAACCUCAACGUGCGCACCUCCCCCUGCCACCACCACCACACGCCCCCCUCUCAUCCCUCAUCUCUCUCGCUCACCUGCAUUGACCGCACUCACCACUGCCUUUCACCGCACCCUUGCCGUGCCACUGUUCGCACUCCUUCUCUCCUCCUUUUGUCUCUGGCCCAUCUGUUCCUCUCUCUUCCACCCUCAACCGCGCCUCGCCUCCCCCCCCUGCAGGUGCUCCCCCGGCUGCCCGCCUCUGUGCUGCACCGCCUGCCCGUUGACAUUGCGGGCGUGACAGCGCCCAUGCUGUACGUGGGGAUGCUCUUCAGCACCUUCGCCUGGCACGUUGAGGACCACUACCUCUACAGCUGGACCCACUCUCUUUUUCCUUCCAUGCCAUCCCACUGUAUCCCAUACCAUCGCAUGCCAUCCCACCGUAUCCCAUAUCAUCGCAUGCCAUUCCACCGUAUACCAUAUCAUCGCAUGCCAUCCCACCGUAUCCCAUACCAUCGCAUGCCAUCCCACCGUAUCCCAUAUCAUCGCAUGCCAUUCCACCGUAUCCCAUAUCAUCGCAUGCCAUCCCACGGUAUCCCAUAUCAUCGCAUGCCAUCCCACCGUAUCCCAUAUCAUCGCAUGCCAUCCCACCGUAUCCCAUAUCAUCGCAUGCCAUUCCACCGUAUCCCAUAUCAUCGCAUGCCAUCCCACCGUAUCCCAUAUCAUCGCAUGCCAUUCCACCGUAUCCCAUAUCAUCGCAUGCCAUCCCACCGUAUCCCAUAUCAUCGCAUGCCAUUCCACCGUAUCCCAUAUCAUCGCAUGCCAUUCCACCGUAUCCCAUAUCAUCGCAUGCCAUCCCACCGUAUCCCAUAUCAUCGCAUGCCAUUCCACCGUAUCCCAUAUCAUCGCAUGCCAUUCCACCGUAUCCCAUAUCAUCGCAUGCCAUUCCACCGUAUCCCAUAUCAUCGCAUGCCAUCCCACCGUAUCCCAUAUCAUCGCAUGCCAUCCCACCGUAUCCCAUAUCAUCGCAUGCCAUGCCACCGUAUCCCAUAUCAUCGCAUGCCAUCCCACCGUAUCCCAUAUCAUCGCAUGCCAUCCCACCGUAUCCCAUAUCAUCGCAUGCCAUUCCACCGUAUCCCAUAUCAUCGCAUGCCAUCCCACCGUAUCCCAUAUCAUUGCAUGCCAUCCCACCGUAUCCCAUAUCAUCGCAUGCCAUCCCACCGUAUCCCAUAUCAUCGCAUGCCAUCCCACCGUAUCCCAUAUCAUCGCAUGCCAUUCCACCGUAUCCCAUAUCAUCGCAUGCCAUUCCACCGUAUCCCAUAUCAUCACAUGCCAUUCCACUGUAUCCCAUAUCAUCGCAUGCCAUCCCACCGUAUCCCAUAUCAUCGCAUGCCAUCCCACCGUAUCCCAUAUCAUCGCAUGCCAUUCCACUGUAUCCCAUAUCAUCGCAUGCCAUCCCACCGUAUCCCAUAUCAUCGCAUGCCAUCCCACCGUAUCCCAUAUCAUCGCAUGCCAUUCCACCGUAUCCCAUAUCAUCGCAUGCCAGCCCUGCGCAACUCAUUGCAUUCCGUGCUAUUGCGUCCACCUGGCUACAUGUCAUCCCCUUCCUGCCUCGCUCACCUGCCCCUCUGCCCCUCCCACACCGCACCGCACCGAACCACCCAUCUGCCCGCCGCCAGCAUCAACUACCAGCACAUGGGCGCGCCCAAGACGUGGUACGGCGUGCCGGGCAUGGCGGCGCACGCCUUUGAGGCCGUCGCCAUGCGCCACGUGUACGGCCAGGGGGACGCCCAGGGGGGGUGCGCGGCCAGGGACCCACGUGGGGGCGUCAAGUGCGAGGAGGAGGUAGGGAGGGCGCACGGAGGGGGUGGGGUGGAAUGGAGGGGCGCGGCUGUGCAGGGUGGUGGCGCGGGGGAGGUGAGGGGCGGAGGGAGUGUGCAGGGGGGCACCUGCGGAGAGCAGUUGCGGACGCCUGGGCGAGGGGGCGGGUGGGGGAACAGGAGAGGGGGGCGGGGAGGGCGGGGUCGCGGUGGGAGGGGCGCGGCCGGGGGAGGGGCGCCUGCUGUGAGGGGUGAGGGCGGAGGGGGGGAGGGCAGGUGCGCGGGGAGCUGUGAGGUGGGCGAGGUGGAGAGGGCGGGUGGUGCAGGGGCGGGCGAGCAGGGGCGGUGGGGCGGUGGGGCGGUGGGGCGAGCGUGCGCGUUGCUGAUGGGCAAGACGACCAUGUUCUCGCCCCGCCUGCUGCUGGCCCAUGGCGUGCCCGUGGUGCGCGCCGUGCAGGCCGCGGGGGAGUUCGUGGUGACGUACCCGCGGUCGUACCAUGCUGGGUUCAGCCAUGGUGAGAUGGUCGUACCAUGCUGGGUUCAGCCAUGUCUCACACAUGCAUGCACUCACGUCCCCCUCUGCUCUUCCGUGUCCCCCUCUGCUCUUCCGUGUCCCCCUCUGCUCUUCCGUGUCCCCCUCUGCUCUUCCGUGUCCCCCUCUGCUCUUCCGUGUCCCCCUCUGCUCUUCCGUGUCCCCCUCUGCUCUUCCGUGUCCCCCUCUGCUCUUCCGUGUCCCCCUCUGCUCUUCCGUGUCCCCCUCUGCUCUUCCGUGUCCCCCUCUGCUCUUCCGUGUCCCCCUCUGCUCUUCCGUGUCCCCCUCUGCUCUUCCGUGUCCCCCUCUGCUCUUCCGUGUCCCCCUCUGCUCUUCCGUGUCCCCCUCUGCUCUUCCGUGUCCCCCUCUGCUCUUCCGUGUCCCCCUCUGCUCUUCCGUGUCCCCCUCUGCUCUUCCGUGUCCCCCUCUGCUCUUCCGUGUCCCCCUCUGCUCUUCCGUGUCCCCCUCUGCUCUUCCGUGUCCCCCUCUGCUCUUCCGUGUCCCCCUCUGCUCUUCCGUGUCCCCCUCUGCUCUUCCGUGUCCCCCUCUGCUCUUCCGUGUCCCCCUCUGCUCUUCCGUGUCCCCCUCUGCUCUUCCGUGUCCCCCUCUGCUCUUCCGUGUCCCCCUCUGCUCUUCCGUGUCCCCCUCUGCUCUUCCGUGUCCCCCUCUGCUCUUCCGUGUCCCCCUCUGCUCUUCCGUGUCCCCCUCUGCUCUUCCGUGUCCCCCUCUGCUCUUCCGUGUCCCUCUCUGCUCUUCCGUGUCCCUCUCUGCUCUUCUGUGUCCCCCUCUGCUCUUCCGUGUCCCCCUCUGCUCUUCCGUGUCCCCCUCUGCUCUUCCGUGUCCCCCUCUGCUCUUCCGUGUUCCCCUCUGCUCUUCCGUGUUCCCCUCUGCUCUUCCGUGUCCCCCUCUGCUCUUCCGUGUUCCCCUCUGCUCUUCCGUGUCCCCCUCUGCUCUUCCGUGUCCCUCUCUGCUCUUCCGUGUCCCCCUCUGCUCUUCCGUGUCCCCCUCUGCUCUUCCGUGUCCCCCUCUGCUCUUCCGUGUCCCCCUCUGCUCUUCCGUGUCCCUCUCUGCUCUUCCGUGUCCCUCUCUGCUCUUCUGUGUCCCCCUCUGCUCUUCCGUGUCCCCCUCUGCUCUUCCGUGUCCCCCUCUGCUCUUCCGUGUCCCCCUCUGCUCUUCCGUGUCCCCCUCUGCUCUUCCGUGUCCCUCUCUGCUCUUCCGUGUCCCUCUCUGCUCUUCUGUGUCCCCCUCUGCUCUUCCGUGUCCCCCUCUGCUCUUCCGUGUCCCCCUCUGCUCUUCCGUGUCCCCCUCUGCUCUUCCGUGUUCCCCUCUGCUCUUCCGUGUUCCCCUCUGCUCUUCCGUGUCCCCCUCUGCUCUUCCGUGUUCCCCUCUGCUCUUCCGUGUUCCCCUCUGCUCUUCCGUGUCCCCCUCUGCUCUUCCGUGUCCCUCUCUGCUCUUCCGUGUCCCCCUCUGCUCUUCCGUGUCCCCCUCUGCUCUUCCGUGUCCCCCUCUGCUCUUCCGUGUUCCCCUCUGCUCUUCCGUGUUCCCCUCUGCUCUUCCGUGUCCCCCUCUGCUCUUCCGUGUCCCUCUCUGCUCUUCCGUGUCCCCCUCUGCUCUUCCGUGUCCCCCUCUGCUCUUCCGUGUCCCCCUCUGCUCUUCCGUGUCCCCCUCUGCUCUUCCGUGUUCCCCUCUGCUCUUCCGUGUCCCCCUCUGCUCUUCCGUGUCCCCCUCUGCUCUUCCGUGUCCCCCUCUGCUCUUCCGUGUCCCCCUCUGCUCUUCCGUGUCCCCCUCUGCUCUUCCGUGUCCCCCUCUGCUCUUCCGUGUCCCCCUCUGCUCUUCCGUGUCCCCCUCUGCUCUUCCGUGUCCCCCUCUGCUCUUCCGUGUCCCCCUCUGCUCUUCCGUGUCCCCCUCUGCUCUUCCGUGUUCCCCUCUGCUCUUCCGUGUCCCCCUCUGCUCUUCCGUGUCCCCCUCUGCUCUUCCGUGUCCCUCUCUGCUCUUCCGUGUCCCUCUCUGCUCUUCUGUGUCCCCCUCUGCUCUUCCGUGUCCCCCUCUGCUCUUCCGUGUCCCCCUCUGCUCUUCCGUGUCCCCCUCUGCUCUUCCGUGUCCCCCUCUGCUCUUCCGUGUCCCUCUCUGCUCUUCCGUGUCCCUCUCUGCUCUUCUGUGUCCCCCUCUGCUCUUCCGUGUCCCCCUCUGCUCUUCCGUGUCCCCCUCUGCUCUUCCGUGUCCCCCUCUGCUCUUCCGUGUUCCCCUCUGCUCUUCCGUGUUCCCCUCUGCUCUUCCGUGUCCCCCUCUGCUCUUCCGUGUUCCCCUCUGCUCUUCCGUGUUCCCCUCUGCUCUUCCGUGUCCCCCUCUGCUCUUCCGUGUCCCUCUCUGCUCUUCCGUGUCCCCCUCUGCUCUUCCGUGUCCCCCUCUGCUCUUCCGUGUCCCCCUCUGCUCUUCCGUGUUCCCCUCUGCUCUUCCGUGUUCCCCUCUGCUCUUCCGUGUCCCCCUCUGCUCUUCCGUGUUCCCCUCUGCUCUUCCGUGUUCCCCUCUGCUCUUCCGUGUCCCCCUCUGCUCUUCCGUGUCCCCCUCUGCUCUUCCGUGUUCCCCUCUGCUCUUCCGUGUUCCCCUCUGCUCUUCCGUGUCCCCCUCUGCUCUUCCGUGUUCCCCUCUGCUCUUCCGUGUUCCCCUCUGCUCUUCCGUGUCCCCCUCUGCUCUUCCGUGUCCCUCUCUGCUCUUCCGUGUCCCCCUCUGCUCUUCCGUGUCCCCCUCUGCUCUUCCGUGUCCCCCUCUGCUCUUCCGUGUCCCCCUCUGCUCUUCCGUGUUCCCCUCUGCUCUUCCGUGUUCCCCUCUGCUCUUCCGUGUCCCCCUCUGCUCUUCCGUGUCCCUCUCUGCUCUUCCGUGUCCCCCUCUGCUCUUCCGUGUCCCCCUCUGCUCUUCCGUGUCCCCCUCUGCUCUUCCGUGUCCCCCUCUGCUCUUCCGUGUUCCCCUCUGCUCUUCCGUGUUCCCCUCUGCUCUUCCGUGUUCCCCUCUGCUCUUCCGUGUCCCCCUCUGCUCUUCCGUGUCCCUCUCUGCUCUUCCGUGUCCCCCUCUGCUCUUCCGUGUCCCCCUCUGCUCUUCCGUGUCCCCCUCUGCUCUUCCGUGUCCCCCUCUGCUCUUCCGUGUUCCCCUCUGCUCUUCCGUGUUCCCCUCUGCUCUUCCGUGUCCCCCUCUGCUCUUCCGUGUCCCCCUCUGCUCUUCCGUGUCCCCCUCUGCUCUUCCGUGUCCCCCUCUGCUCUUCCGUGUUCCCCUCUGCUCUUCCGUGUCCCCCUCUGCUCUUCCGUGUUCCCCUCUGCUCUUCCGUGUUCCCCUCUGCUCUUCCGUGUCCCCCUCUGCUCUUCCGUGUCCCUCUCUGCUCUUCCGUGUCCCCCUCUGCUCUUCCGUGUCCCCCUCUGCUCUUCCGUGUCCCCCUCUGCUCUUCCGUGUUCCCCUCUGCUCUUCCGUGUUCCCCUCUGCUCUUCCGUGUCCCCCUCUGCUCUUCCGUGUCCCUCUCUGCUCUUCCGUGUCCCCCUCUGCUCUUCCGUGUCCCCCUCUGCUCUUCCGUGUCCCCCUCUGCUCUUCCGUGUCCCCCUCUGCUCUUCCGUGUUCCCCUCUGCUCUUCCGUGUCCCCCUCUGCUCUUCCGUGUCCCCCUCUGCUCUUCCGUGUCCCCCUCUGCUCUUCCGUGUCCCCCUCUGCUCUUCCGUGUCCCCCUCUGCUCUUCCGUGUCCCCCUCUGCUCUUCCGUGUCCCCCUCUGCUCUUCCGUGUCCCCCUCUGCUCUUCCGUGUCCCCCUCUGCUCUUCCGUGUCCCCCUCUGCUCUUCCGUGUCCCCCUCUGCUCUUCCGUGUUCCCCUCUGCUCUUCCGUGUCCCCCUCUGCUCUUCCGUGUCCCCCUCUGCUCUUCCGUGUCCCUCUCUGCUCUUCCGUGUCCCUCUCUGCUCUUCUGUGUCCCCCUCUGCUCUUCCGUGUCCCCCUCUGCUCUUCCGUGUCCCCCUCUGCUCUUCCGUGUCCCCCUCUGCUCUUCCGUGUCCCCCUCUGCUCUUCCGUGUCCCUCUCUGCUCUUCCGUGUCCCUCUCUGCUCUUCUGUGUCCCCCUCUGCUCUUCCGUGUCCCCCUCUGCUCUUCCGUGUCCCCCUCUGCUCUUCCGUGUCCCCCUCUGCUCUUCCGUGUUCCCCUCUGCUCUUCCGUGUUCCCCUCUGCUCUUCCGUGUCCCCCUCUGCUCUUCCGUGUUCCCCUCUGCUCUUCCGUGUUCCCCUCUGCUCUUCCGUGUCCCCCUCUGCUCUUCCGUGUCCCUCUCUGCUCUUCCGUGUCCCCCUCUGCUCUUCCGUGUCCCCCUCUGCUCUUCCGUGUCCCCCUCUGCUCUUCCGUGUUCCCCUCUGCUCUUCCGUGUUCCCCUCUGCUCUUCCGUGUCCCCCUCUGCUCUUCCGUGUUCCCCUCUGCUCUUCCGUGUUCCCCUCUGCUCUUCCGUGUCCCCCUCUGCUCUUCCGUGUCCCCCUCUGCUCUUCCGUGUUCCCCUCUGCUCUUCCGUGUUCCCCUCUGCUCUUCCGUGUCCCCCUCUGCUCUUCCGUGUUCCCCUCUGCUCUUCCGUGUUCCCCUCUGCUCUUCCGUGUCCCCCUCUGCUCUUCCGUGUCCCUCUCUGCUCUUCCGUGUCCCCCUCUGCUCUUCCGUGUCCCCCUCUGCUCUUCCGUGUCCCCCUCUGCUCUUCCGUGUCCCCCUCUGCUCUUCCGUGUUCCCCUCUGCUCUUCCGUGUUCCCCUCUGCUCUUCCGUGUCCCCCUCUGCUCUUCCGUGUCCCUCUCUGCUCUUCCGUGUCCCCCUCUGCUCUUCCGUGUCCCCCUCUGCUCUUCCGUGUCCCCCUCUGCUCUUCCGUGUCCCCCUCUGCUCUUCCGUGUUCCCCUCUGCUCUUCCGUGUUCCCCUCUGCUCUUCCGUGUUCCCCUCUGCUCUUCCGUGUCCCCCUCUGCUCUUCCGUGUCCCUCUCUGCUCUUCCGUGUCCCCCUCUGCUCUUCCGUGUCCCCCUCUGCUCUUCCGUGUCCCCCUCUGCUCUUCCGUGUCCCCCUCUGCUCUUCCGUGUUCCCCUCUGCUCUUCCGUGUUCCCCUCUGCUCUUCCGUGUCCCCCUCUGCUCUUCCGUGUCCCCCUCUGCUCUUCCGUGUCCCCCUCUGCUCUUCCGUGUCCCCCUCUGCUCUUCCGUGUUCCUCUCUGCUCUUCCGUGUUCCCCUCUGCUCUUCCGUGUCCCCCUCUGCUCUUCCGUGUCCCUCUCUGCUCUUCCGUGUCCCCCUCUGCUCUUCCGUGUCCCCCUCUGCUCUUCCGUGUCCCCCUCUGCUCUUCCGUGUCCCCCUCUGCUCUUCCGUGUUCCCCUCUGCUCUUCCGUGUUCCCCUCUGCUCUUCCGUGUCCCCCUCUGCUCUUCCGUGUCCCCCUCUGCUCUUCCGUGUCCCCCUCUGCUCUUCCGUGUCCCCCUCUGCUCUUCCGUGUUCCUCUCUGCUCUUCCGUGUCCCCCUCUGCUCUUCCGUGUCCCCCUCUGCUCUUCCGUGUUCCUCUCUGCUCUUCCGUGUCCCCCUCUGCUCUUCCGUGUCCCCCUCUGCUCUUCCGUGUUCCCCUCUGCUCUUCCGUGUUCCCCUCUGCUCUUCCGUGUCCCCCUCUGCUCUUCCGUGUUCCCCUCUGCUCUUCCGUGUUCCCCUCUGCUCUUCCGUGUCCCCCUCUGCUCUUCCGUGUCCCUCUCUGCUCUUCCGUGUCCCCCUCUGCUCUUCCGUGUCCCCCUCUGCUCUUCCGUGUCCCCCUCUGCUCUUCCGUGUUCCCCUCUGCUCUUCCGUGUUCCCCUCUGCUCUUCCGUGUCCCCCUCUGCUCUUCCGUGUUCCCCUCUGCUCUUCCGUGUUCCCCUCUGCUCUUCCGUGUCCCCCUCUGCUCUUCCGUGUCCCCCUCUGCUCUUCCGUGUUCCCCUCUGCUCUUCCGUGUUCCCCUCUGCUCUUCCGUGUCCCCCUCUGCUCUUCCGUGUUCCCCUCUGCUCUUCCGUGUUCCCCUCUGCUCUUCCGUGUCCCCCUCUGCUCUUCCGUGUCCCUCUCUGCUCUUCCGUGUCCCCCUCUGCUCUUCCGUGUCCCCCUCUGCUCUUCCGUGUCCCCCUCUGCUCUUCCGUGUCCCCCUCUGCUCUUCCGUGUUCCCCUCUGCUCUUCCGUGUUCCCCUCUGCUCUUCCGUGUCCCCCUCUGCUCUUCCGUGUCCCUCUCUGCUCUUCCGUGUCCCCCUCUGCUCUUCCGUGUCCCCCUCUGCUCUUCCGUGUCCCCCUCUGCUCUUCCGUGUCCCCCUCUGCUCUUCCGUGUUCCCCUCUGCUCUUCCGUGUUCCCCUCUGCUCUUCCGUGUUCCCCUCUGCUCUUCCGUGUCCCCCUCUGCUCUUCCGUGUCCCUCUCUGCUCUUCCGUGUCCCCCUCUGCUCUUCCGUGUCCCCCUCUGCUCUUCCGUGUCCCCCUCUGCUCUUCCGUGUCCCCCUCUGCUCUUCCGUGUUCCCCUCUGCUCUUCCGUGUUCCCCUCUGCUCUUCCGUGUCCCCCUCUGCUCUUCCGUGUCCCCCUCUGCUCUUCCGUGUCCCCCUCUGCUCUUCCGUGUCCCCCUCUGCUCUUCCGUGUUCCUCUCUGCUCUUCCGUGUUCCCCUCUGCUCUUCCGUGUCCCCCUCUGCUCUUCCGUGUCCCUCUCUGCUCUUCCGUGUCCCCCUCUGCUCUUCCGUGUCCCCCUCUGCUCUUCCGUGUCCCCCUCUGCUCUUCCGUGUCCCCCUCUGCUCUUCCGUGUUCCCCUCUGCUCUUCCGUGUUCCCCUCUGCUCUUCCGUGUCCCCCUCUGCUCUUCCGUGUCCCCCUCUGCUCUUCCGUGUCCCCCUCUGCUCUUCCGUGUCCCCCUCUGCUCUUCCGUGUUCCUCUCUGCUCUUCCGUGUCCCCCUCUGCUCUUCCGUGUCCCCCUCUGCUCUUCCGUGUUCCUCUCUGCUCUUCCGUGUCCCCCUCUGCUCUUCCGUGUCCCCCUCUGCUCUUCCGUGUCCCCCUCUGCUCUUCCGUGUCCCCCUCUGCUCUUCCGUGUUCCCCUCUGCUCUUCCGUGUCCCCCUCUGCUCUUCCGUGUCCCCCUCUGCUCUUCCGUGUCCCCCUCUGUCCGCCCCCUGCCUCCCCCCCUCCCCUCCCUCCCCUGCAGGCUUCAACUGCGGCGAGGCGGUCAACGUGGCGCUGCCCGACUGGUUUCCGUUCGCUGCUGCUGCCGCCCGGCGCUACGCCGUGCUGCGCCGCGCGCCGCUGCUGUGCUGGGAGGAGCUGCUGUGCCGCCACGUGGUGGCGCUGCUCAGGAGCGAGGGGGGAAAGAUGGGGGAGAGGGGCGAGAGGGCGGAUGAGGAGCAAGUGGGAAAAAUGCAGGAGAGGGUGGAGGAGGGCGGGAGUGCCGCCAGGACACUAGGGAGGGCGGGAGAGGAGGUGCACGAUGGGUUGAGAGGGCAGAGCGCAGAGAAGGCGGCACGGCAUGCAGUGGUGGUGUUCUCGCCCUGCAAGGAGAGCGGCCCGGGGCCCCCUGCUGAUCGUGUUGACCGCGUUGACUUGCCUCCAUGUACAGCGGCAGCAGCGCCUGGUGGCGUGGCAAGCAGCAAUGGCAGUGGCACACAGAUAGGACGCAGUGAGGAGCGCAGGCGCAGCGAUACUCAUGGUGGCGCUGUUGACCCCGUUGACCUGCCUCCCUCCACUGGCAACACUGACCCCAUGCACCCCUCCACUGGCAACACUGACCCCAUGCACCCCUCCACUGGCAACACUGACCCCAUGCACCCCUCUAGCCCCACUGACCCUGUUGACCCCAUUGACCCCACUGACUUGGUUGACCCCGUGGACUCUACAGACGCCAUCGAUGCCAUUCAGGUCACCCCACCUCGCCUGGCCACCAUGGGCCACGUGGGGCGCAGCGCGGUGGAGCAGUUGGUGCGGCUGGUGGGCGAGGAGGGGCGCAUCCAGGCGUGGAUGCAGCAGCGAGGCGCCGUGGUGGCGGUGCUGCCGGGGCUGUCAGCGGCGCUGCCAUGCUCGCUGUGCUGCCGCCUGUGCCACCUGGCGGUGGUGGCGUGCUGCUGUGUGCGCGACCCCAUCUGCCUGCACCACGGUGCGUGCACGUGGCCGGCCGUGGGUGUGGCCAUGUGGUUGGAUGCAUCUCCCCUCGCUCUCAUUGUUCUUCAACACCACUGCCACUUCCCGCAACUCUUGUCUUCUCGUCCCUCGUCUCACCCGUACCGCUGCCUGCCCACGUCUCACCCCAGCAUCAACCGCGCCUGUCGCUGUGGCCCCCUGCGCAUCAUCUCGCUGCGCCGCCACACGCCCGCCCUCCACCGCCUCGCCCUGCGCCUGCACACUGUGCUCUCUGCCACCCCCACCGCACCGCACCGCACUGUAUGCACGCUGCAAGAGCACCCGAUGGCAGGGCGCGCAGCCGCAGCAGCAGGCGUGCUGGCAGCGCUGGGAGCAGCGGCACCGGCGCGGUGGGAUGAGGACGUGGCUGAUAUCGAAUCACUCUCUAACGAGCAUGACCUGGAGGGGUUCGGAGGGAACGUUGACAGGGAGCAGUGGGUGAGAAAGGGUGGGGGGGGCGGAGGGCGGGGGGCGGGCAUGAACAAUGGAGAGGUGGAGGACGCAGGAGGGCGUACUGUGGGAGGAAUGGGUGCAGUGGUUGAGAGCGGUGGCGAGGGGUGCAGAGAUGGCAGGCAUUGUGGUGGUGAGCUUGACGAAAAGCCAUGCAAUGAUAUGGCAUUUGGUGACGUGGCAUGUGGUGACGUGGCAUGUGGUGGCAAUACAUGGUGUGGCACAGGCGAGGGCGAGGAAGCAGGGUGUGGUGCAAGUGAAUGUGCUGUAGCUGAUGGUGCUGUAGCUGAUGGUGCUGUAGCUGAUGGUGCUGUAGCUGAUGGUGCUGUAGCUGAUGGUGCUGUAGCUGAUGGUGCUGCUGAGAUGCCAUGCGGCAACGGUGGGUGCAAGCAGGGAGAGCGUGGCAGCAACGAUCACGGCCGUGCCCCCUGCCAUGCGCCAUGCUCCUUGCCACACCCGCCACUACCCCACCCUACCCGACCUCGCGAGUGGAAGCAGCAGAUGGAAGUGAUGCGUGUGCACGCCGAGCAGCUUGCAGCCAUACAGGUGGCAGUAGGGAGCGCCAUGCGUGGUGAGCACGCGGCACCAGCAGCAGAGGGGCGGCCUCCCCCACAGGGGCGUGCUGCCACCCACCCCGCACUGCACCGCCCUGCCGCCACCCCUCCCCCUGCCCUGCCGCCUCCUGCUCCCCCCCACGCCCAUCCCGCGGCACUGUGGGCACCAUGCGGUGUGCAGGAGAGUGCGGGUGCGGAGGCGAGGGCGCAGGUGGGGCAGCGCGCCCACAUGACAGCGCUGGACGUGCUGCUGCUGCCCGCUCCUCCCCCACCCCCCUCGCCUCCUCUCCUGCCCCCCCCGGCCAUGCCCCACCCCCCGCCAACCCCCCUGUGCUUGCCCCGCGCCCUGCUCCUCCCCAGCCGUUCCCAUGGUGCUGUGGCGCGUGAGUGCGUCCCUGUGGUGGCCGCUCAUGGCCGCGUGGGCGCGCCGUGGGAUGGCCCAGCAGCACCACGAGGAGAAGGGCAAGGCAUCACAGUGGCACGUGGAGGCAUCACAGUGGCACCACAAGGCAUCACAGUGGCACGUGGAGGCAUCACAGUGGCACCACAAGGCAUCACAGUGGCACGUGGAGGCGGGCAGGUGGGGAGCAGUGCGGGCGAGGUAGGCGGUGCAGGGGGGCAGCGAUGGCAGCCGGGUGCAGAGAGCGCGAGGGUGGAGGAGCGGGGCCAAGGUGGUCCAGUAGUUGAGCAGAUGGCGUGCAGUGGCGGGCAAAGAAUGGGUGAAGAGGGGUGCUGUGGGGGGAUGGGAGUGCGAUGCAGCAGCAGCAGCAGGGGGCGGGGUGGGUGCAAUGGGGACCGGGUGGAGGGCAGCAGCGAGGGGGCUGCGCUGGCAGGGGUGGCGGAGGGGGGUGAUGCGAUGGUGGCGGAGGGGGGUGAUGCAAUGGUGGCGUGGGCAGGGACAAGGGUGGAGCCGGACAUGACGCGGUGUGAGAUGGCGGAGAGGGACGGACGCUGGGGAGGGGUGGAGGGCGCUGGGGGAGGAGUGGAGGGCGCCGGGGGAGGAGUGGAGGGCAAAAGGAAGGAAACAGCAGAGGUAGGAGGGUGGGAGGCAGUGGGGGAAAGAGGGGAGGAGCAAAAGGAGGGAAGAGAGGAGGGAGGAGAGGAGGAGGGAGGGGAGGGAUUGAAGGAGGAAAGAGGGGAGCAGAAUAGGGAGGGAAUACGGGGGACAGGAAAGGAGGAAAGAGAUCAGGUAGGAGAGGAAGGAAGAAGGGAGGAAAGUGGGGAGAGAAGAAGGGAGGCAGGAGAGGCGGGAGCAGGGGAAGAAGGAAUGGAGGAAAUUGGGGACGGGAAAAUGGAGGGGAAAGAGGAGGGAGGAAAGGAGGAAGGAGGGGAGGAAGUAGAGGAAGGAAGAGGGAAGGAAAGAUGGGGGGUAAGAAUAGGAGGAGAUGAGGGCAAAGGUAUGGAUGAAUGGAGCGAGGGAGGAACGGAGAAAGGGAGAGAGGGAGGAGCGAAGGAGCAAGGGGAUGGAUGCGAGGUGGGGAAUGAGGAGGAAGGGGAGGGCGUGCAAGGGGCAGUGCGAGCGGGCAGUGGUGAACAGGCGGGUGAGUGUGAGGGGGGUGGCGGUGAGUGCAAUGGAGUGUGGCGGGCAGACGGAGGAAGCGGAGAGUGCCAUGGCGAAGCGAGUGCGUGUGGUGAGAGAGCGAGUGCGUGUGGUGAGAGAGCGAGUGAGGCGGCGUGCCCACCAUGUGAUGCAUCAGGUGAGGCGGCAGCAACAGCAGCAGGUGCAGCGGAAGGAGGUGAUAGAGAGGGGUGUGCGCUACGAGGUGAUAGAGAGGGGUAUGCGCUACGAGGUGAUAGAGAGGGGUAUGCGCUACGAGGUGAUAGAGAGGGGUAUGCGCUACGAGGCCAUCGCCAACAAUUUGCACCUCCUGAUGCCAUUGCUUCUGCACGCACUCAUGCUCAUGCUCAUGCUGAUGGCGACACUGAUGCGGGUAGUGGUGGUGCGUAUGGUGUGCGAGGAGAGGGUGCUGAGACCCCCCUGGGUGGGGCAGCAAGGACGCUGGGAAGGGUGGUGGUGCAGCAGGAGGGGCAACAGGAGGGGCAGCAGGAGGGGCAGCAGGAGGGGCAACAGGAGGGACAGCAGGAGGGGCAGCAGGAGGGGCAGCAGGAGGGGCAGCAGGAGGGGCAACAGGAGGGGCAGCAGGAGGGGCAGCAGGAGGGGCAACAGGAGGGACAGCAGGAGGGGCAGCAGGAGGGGCAGCAGGAGGGGCAGCAGGAGGGGCAGCAGGAGGGGCAGCAGGAGGGGCAGCAGGAGGGGCAGCAGGAGGGGCAACAGGAGGAGGGGCAGCAGGAGGGGCAGCAGGAGGGGCAGCAGGAGGGGCAGCAGGAGGGGCAGCAGGAGGGGCAGCAGGAGGGGCAGCAGGAGGGGCAGCAGGAGGGGCAGCAGGAGAGGCAGCAGGAGGGGCAGCAGGAGGGGCAGCAGGAGGGGCAGCAGGAGGGGCAACAGGAGGGACAGCAGGAGGGGCAGCAGGAGGGGCAGCAGGAGGGACAGCAGGAGGGACAGCAGGAGGGGCAGCAGGAGGGGCAGCAGGAGGGGCAGCAGGAGGGGCAGCAGGAGGGACAGCAGGAGGGGCAGCAGGAGGGGCAGCAGGAGGGGCAGCAGCGGUGGAGCGGAGGGGCGAGCAGGCGGCGGCGGCGGCAGCUGUGGAUGGUGUGGGAUGGCGGGCGGCGGAGGAAGAAGAGCCGCUCCGCUCAGGGGGGCCCGUGGGCGGGCGGUGCUGGUGGCACUGCUGCUCCCCCGCCUCGUGCUCAUCGCAGCCCUGCUGCCACUCGUGGCGGUGGUGGCAGCAGUGGCAGUGAGAAGAGCAGCAGUGACGAGUGGCGCUGGGCGUGGGAGAGCAAGGGGCGGAGGAGCAGACGGGGCAGGCGAGAGGUAGGGCACUUGUUGGCAAGAGGGGAGCAGGGGGGCAUGGCGCUGGCAGUGAGGGGAGAGAAGAGGAAGGCAGAGGAUGAGGGGCGGGUAGAUGUGGGCAUGGCGGCAGCAGCUGCAGCAGCAGCAGCAGCAGCAGCAGCAGGCGUGAGUCCGGUGAAGCAGAGGCGGCUGGUGGAGGUGAGCGGAGGGAGCUGCGGUCCAUGGGCUGUGAGGGAGGACAGGGCUGUGAGGGAGGACAGGGCUGUGAGGGAGGACAGGGCUGUGAGGGAGGACAGGGCUGUGAGGGAGGACAGGGCUGUGAAGGGGACGAUGGAGGUGGUGGGCAUGGGGGGUGGGCUUUCACACGAGCACGCAUGGCAUGCAACGGAAGGUGGGUCGAGGUGCGAGAGUGGUGAGGCCUCUUUGGUGGUCAGCAGCGCGGUGAAGAGUGGUGCCGUGCGCAGCUGUCGGUCCAUGCUGGUGGGCCAGCAUGGGCAGGGUGGGCAGGGAGGCGCAGCGGAGGGAGGGGAGGGGUGGAGAGGGGAGGGCCCGUGGGAGAAGGGCUUCUGGCAGCUCGUGGUGCGGCAGCGCCGCACCACGGCGAGCUCGCUGCGCCAUUUCUUAUCGAUCGGUCGUCGUCCGCAACGCGCCGCACCGCACGCUGCGACGAGUUCCAUCGGAGCCGUGCUGCCUGCGUGCUCGCGCCGUCUCGAUUCCACAUUCGCUCUCCCCCGCGCGUGCCAUCGCGUGCGAUCAGCUGUUCCCCUGCCGACCGGCGUGUGGCGGCCGUGUGGAUCGCGAUCGCGCGGGAUGGGGGGAGGAGGCGGCAGCGGGGAGGUGGUGGUGGACGGGAAGCGGAUGUACGUACCCGUUUAUGGCAUCCUCGCUAGCAGCGCCAUGUCGGCGUGCUUCGCCGAGGUGAGAUCUGCGGCGUCCCUAGCCGCUCUGCCUCCCUCCGCCCGCAUCGCAAGCUCCCUGUGUGCUCGUCUCUAUUCCCGUCGCGCCGCUUUCCCUCCCCGCCCGUGCCUUGUUUUGAGACGAAGCGCGUCUCGGGUCGGCAGUAGCCACGAGGGCCCCAUUACCCCCCACCCCCCCUCGCUGUCCUCCCCUCUCUCCGCCAUUCUCCCCCCGCUCUGCGCGCAGUUCUGCACGCUGCCCAUCGACACGGCCAAGGUGCGCCUGCAGCUGCAGGGCAAGCCGUCUGGGGGGGCGGGCGGGGCGAUCGGCGCAGUGAAGUACCGCGGGAUGGUGGGGACGAUGGGGACCAUCGCGCGCGAGGAGGGGCUGUCGGCGCUGUGGAAGGGGCUCGUGCCGGGGCUGCACCGCCAGUGCGUCUAUGGCGGCCUGCGCAUCGGCCUCUACGACCCCGUGAGCCUCCAUGCGCCCUCUACCACCCCCUUCUAUGCGCCCUCUAUGGAUGCGAGCCGCACGGGCGAGCUGCCGGCGUCGGCAGGCCACAGAAUGGUGCGCUGUGAUGCGUUGAGCACCGCCCCUGCGCUCAACACUCAACUGUCUGCGCUCCUCGCUGCUCCUGUGCCCUCUGCCUCCGUGGGCGCACAGGUGAAGGCGCUGUUCGUGGGCAAGGACCACACGGGCGACGUGCCUCUCACCAUGAAGAUCGCUGCCGCCCUCACCACAGGUGCUGCCCUCACCACAGGUGCCGUGUCCCCUGCUCUCUCCUACCUCCCCUGCUGCCCUCCUCCCACCCUCAAACCGCCUUCUUUCAAGCACCCUCACUCUUUCCUCACCAUGCCCCAUGCCCCAUGCCCCCUGCACCAUGCCCCAUGCACCAUGCCCCAUGCACCAUGCCCCAUGCACCAUGCCCCAUGCCCCAUGCCCCAUGCACCAUGCCCCAUGCCCCAUGCACCAUGCCCCAUGCACCAUGCCCCAUGCACCAUACGCCAUGCCCCAUGCACCAUGCCCCAUGCACGAUGCACCAUGCCCCAUGCACGAUGCACCAUGCCCCAUGCACGAUGCACCAUGCCCCAUGCACGAUGCACCAUGCCCCAUGCGCCAUGCACAGGGGCGGUGGGAAUAGCGAUCGCCAACCCCACGGAUCUGGUGAAGGUGCGGCUGCAGUCCGAGGGGCGCCUGCCGCCCGGCAUGCCCAAGCGCUACUCGGGCGCCCUCAACGCCUACGCCACCAUCGCCCGCCAGGAGGGCGUGGCAGCGCUGUGGACGGGUGUGGGGCCCAACAUCGCACGCAACGCCCUCAUCAACGCCGCUGAGCUCGCCAGCUACGACCAGAUCAAGCAGUCGCUGCUCAAGGUGCCGGGCUUCGGGGACAACGUGGGGACGCACCUCAUCGCUGGGCUCGGCGCCGGCUUCUUCGCCGUCUGCAUUGGCUCGCCCGUCGAUGUGGUGAAGUCGAGGGUGAUGGGCGACAGCAGCGGGCAGUACAAGGGCACCCUCGACUGCUUCGUCAAGACCUUCCGCAACGACGGCGUGAUGGCGUUCUACAAGGGCUUCAUCCCCAACUUCGGCCGCCUGGGCUCCUGGAAUGUCAUCAUGUUCCUCACGCUCGAGCAGUCACAUCCUCUCGAAACUCCUCACUCACAUGCAGUCUGCAUUCACUCUAGCCACGUUCUGUUGAAGUGCUUUUGUCCGGCACUCAUGCGCCCAUCUGUCCCGCUUAUGCUCGUAGCCGCCCGUGCCACGGACCCCCCUCCUGUGCCACGGACCCCCCUCCUGUGCCACGGACCCCCCUCCUGUGCCACGGACCCCCCUCCUGUGCCACGGACCCCCCUCCUGUGCCACGGACCCCCCUCCUGUGCCACGGACCCCCCUCCUGUGCCACGGACCCCCCUCCUGUGCCACGGACCCCCCUCCUGUGCCACGGACCCCCCUCCUGUGCCACGGACCCCCCUCCUGUGCCACGGACCCCCCUCCUGUGCCACGGACCCCCCUCCUGUGCCACGGACCCCCCUCCUGUGCCACGGACCCCCCUCCUGUGCCACGGACCCCCCUCCUGUGCCACGGACCCCCCUCCUGUGCCACGGACCCCCCUCCUGUGCCACGGACCCCCCUCCUGUGCCACGGACCCCCCUCCUGUGCCACGGACCCCCCUCCUGUGGCUAA